GUAUGGCCUUAAGCAAAAUCAAGUUACAAUAACAUCUCUUUGCUUUCAGAUCCCACACUGUGUGAAAGUCAAGUGAUGGAGGCCAUCGUGAAAUUAUCAUUAGUGUGGAUGCUAGUAGCUUCUUUGGUCGAUGCCGCACCAACGGACUCAGAUCAAGAGAACAGGCAGUAUUCUUUGGUUAGAGCUUUUCCAGAUACACGCAGCCAAGUGGACUUCCUGCACAAACAACGUUAUCAGAAGAAAGCAGGGAUUGAAUUUUGGAAGCCCGCUGACUGGCCUGGAAGACACACAGAUAUCUGGGUGUCAAACGCAACACAAAAGCCUUUCACUGAUCUUUUGAAAAAGCAAAACAUCUUCUACAAAGUCAGAGUGAAUAAUUGGAAUGUAUCUGAUGAAGAAGUCAUUAUGGAAAAUAUCGAUCAUUUUGAUAGGAAAUAUCAAAGUUUUGAAGAAAUUACAUCAGAGCUGAAGCGAUUAGCAAAAGGUUACAGUGAGAAAGUGAAUUUAUUCGAAAUUGGAAAGUCUUACUAUAACAAAUCAAUAUACGGAAUACAGAUUCUGAAGCAGUCCGCAAAGAAAAAGCCACUGAUCUUCUUUAUGUGUGGAAUUCACGGACGAGAAUGGCUAGCAAUUGCUUCUUGCAUGUAUGUAGUGCGAAUGAUGAUUUUCAACGAUGAGUACGAAAACGAUCUACAGAUAAUAACCAACCAUUUUGAAGUAGUUUUUGUACCAGUUCUGAAUCCAGAUGGCUAUAUACAUACAGGAAGCAAGGGAGGGAGAUUCUGGAGGAAGACAAGGUCAAAGACAAGAGACAAAUCCUGCCCCGGUGUUGACCUGAACAGGAAUUUCAGUUUUCGAUGGGGAGGCGGUGGAGCAUCCAUUGAUAUCUGCGAUGAGACAUACUGUGGUCCAAGGCCGUUCUCAGAAAGGGAGAGCAGAGCUAUUGCAAGUUACCUCUAUAAACGGAGAAACGAUUUGACCGUAUUUGUUGAUGUUCACACAUAUGGGCAACUGCUAUCGCACCCGUGGGGAUUCACAAGGCAGUCAUCAUUCCAUCAACAACGCCAGAGAAAUGUGUUGGGCAACAUUGCAAGACGCAUCUUUCAUGCCACUGGAAAGCACUACAACUAUGGUCAAACAUCAAGUAUUUUGUAUGAGACUGCUGGAGAUUCAACCGACUGGGUUUACGGUUUCCUUGGCGUGGUGCACAGCUAUGGAGUCGAGCUGAUGCCUAGGCUAACUGACCGCAGAUCGCUGGCUGGAUUUCGACAACACAAGAAAAACAUCAUCCCAUCAGGCCGUGUUCUCUUCAUCGUGUUGAACGAAUUAGCAAAAAACAGCCUCACCGAACUGGAUCUUACAUCGUAAGCAGUCUGGAAGUGAUAUAUCGGACAAGAGGACAACUUUACUAUGCUGUUACCAUAGCAUAAAGAUUCUGUUUUCUCCAGAAAACAUUGCGAACUUUUAAUAUUACUGCGAUAGCUAUCUUAUUUGAAAAUUUGUCAUUUUAUUGUGCCACAAGUUUUUAUCUUACUGAAAAUGGAUUGGGUCACUUUAA